AUGCGGGCCAAAGAGGACGCAAAGCAUUCGAAAUCACAAGACAAGAUUCAGGACGCGAUUCCUCGACAAGGAUCUAAUACUGCCAUGCAUGUGCAGGAUGCUGGUGUCGAGCACCCAGUGAUCUCACCGGCGAUCCCCGCGGCGAUGCAGAGCGAGGAGAUGGAGGAGAUCCCCAUUGCGGGACGGACGAAGAUGACAAUCCCUAAGGUCAAGGAUGCUCAGGAUUCAUCAUUGUCGGACUCAAUGUCGAACUCUGAACCCGAAAGACAAGGGGAUACUACGGAUCACCUUGAGGCAAAGAGCGAGUUGAACUCGAUCCUGAAGCAAUCUCCUGGUAUGCUUGUCUUUUGUUCUUCCCGGCGCAAAUUACGAACCAUCGAAGCUAAUGAAUGUGCGCACACUAGUGAUCAUCUUCUCCAAAUCCUACUGCCCCUACAGCAAGAAAGCAAAGUCGAUCCUCCUUGA